AACCGUUUUCUGCUUCUAUUCUUCAUCCUCUUCCUCUUCUCCUUCCCAACAUCUUUAGCGGUACCUGUAAACACUGCCACUAAUCUACCUAAGGAAAAUGGGAAGAAGUUGGACAGGGUAACUGGUGGGGUUAGGAAGAUAAGCGUUGGAGGGCAUGGCUCAAAUCCGGGCGGUCACGGUCACACCCCAAGCAGCAAGAACUAGCACCGCGUGAACAUUUUGGACUGGG